AUGGCAAGUACCAUAUUAUUGGUCUGGAAUCAAGGCAUACGACUUGUUUCGGGCAAAAGAGUCCUCAAAAACUCGUUUUUCAUCAGUAAAUCGCAAGCGUUGGAGAGAUUUCCAAUGUUGAAGAAUGAGUCGUUGAAGGGAGCACUCAUUUAUUAUGAUGGACAACACAAUGAUGCUCGCAUGAAUUUGGCAAUCAUUUUGACGGCUAUUCGGCAUGGAGCGGCGUGUGCCAACCACGUCCGCGUCGAACGUCUCAACAAGGACGAGACAGGAAAAGUGACAGGAGCCCAUGUCCGUGAUAUGGUCACCGGCGCCGAGUGGGAUAUCAAAGCGAAGGCGGUGAUCAACGCGACCGGCCCGUUCACCGAUUCGAUUCGGUUGAUGGGUGAUCCGGAGACGGCUCGUCCGAUUUGUGCGCCAUCUUCCGGUGUGCACAUCACCCUACCCGGAUAUUACAGUCCAUCGAACACUGGUUUAUUGGAUCCAGACACUUCAGAUGGGCGUGUCAUCUUUUUCCUACCGUGGGAACGAAUGACGAUCGCUGGGACGACAGACGCCCCGUCGGAAGUGACUCUCUCACCGCAACCCACCGACCACGAUAUCGAGUUUAUUCUCCAAGAAAUUCGAGGAUACCUCUCGAAAGAUGUCUCCGUGCGACGUGGAGACGUGAUGAGCGCUUGGAGUGGACUCCGCCCACUUGUUCGUGACCCGAAUAAGAAGGAUACGAAGAGUCUGGCGAGAAAUCAUAUCAUCGAAGUGGGAAAAUCGGGACUUAUCACGAUUGCCGGUGGGAAAUGGACAACAUACCGUCAUAUGGCGGAGGAGACCGUUGACAAGGUGGUAGAAGUCCAUGGGCUCCAGACAGUGUCCGGAUGUGUCACCCCUGGGCUCCUUUUAGAAGGAGCACACGACUGGAACGCACUCCAAUAUAUCCAUUUAGUGCAGGACUAUGGAAUGGAAGUUGAUGUUGCUCAACAUUUGAGUUCCACUUAUGGAGACCGCGCCUUUGUUGUCGCUCGGAUGUGUAAAAUGACUGGAAAGCGUUGGCCCAUCGUUGGACAACGUCUUCAUCCAGAAUUCCCAUAUCUCGACGCAGAGGUACGUUCUUCCCGACGUCGUACGCGUCAUGGGGGAGGAGCUUGGAUGGAGUUCGGCGGAGCAGAGAGCUCAACUCGAAAGGCUCGCACGUUUAUCGAUUUGGAAAUGGGACAAAUGGCUAAACAGACGGCCGUGUCGAAUGCGCCGUUGAAUUUGACUAAAGAGGAGAUGCAGAGGGCGAAGGAGCGAUUCCAUCAGUUGGAUAAGGAUCGCAAGGGGCAUAUUACGGUUAACGAUUUGAGGAAACACUUUAGGGAACACAACCAGAAAAUCGACGAACGCGUCCUUCACGAGCUUCUCAACGAAGUGGAUCUUAACAAGAACGGAGAGAUUGAGAUUGCCGAAUUCUUCCAGCUGUACUCUGGUCUGAAAGGCGGUCAACUCACCAGCAAUCGACUCGUCGGAUAUCUGGACGAAAUUCACGGAACGCCGAGUGUCAAUCGAGCAUGCGGUGGUAUUUAA